AUGGCCGCCUCUGCGCUUGGCAAUGAGCCAGGCGAGCAAGGCAGGCCUGAGCAACCCGACAGCGCCGACACUGGCAACCACCCUGUGCAACACCCGCCAGAGCAUCGGCAUGAGCCCGGUGCAAGCUCAGCUGUCAGCGAUCCACGGCAUGGUCAGCCAAGCCGGAGCUCUGCCAGCAGCACAGCAAACGUCGACCAACACGCACACGCACAGCAACGCUCCAACGAAGACAGCGGUGCGCAGGGCGACAACACCAGAGACCAGUCACGCGUGCCGCAAAAGCCCGCGCCGUGUCGAGACGAGAGUGAGGAGGCCCGGCACAACCGACGACCAGACGAUGACGAUGACGACGACGAUGAUGGCCGUGGUGGUGGUGGUUGUGGCAGAGGUAGACAAGGCGGAAGCUCCGGGUCUUCAGCGUCUUCCUCGCGAGGAAAAGCUGAAACUCAGAACGUGUCUCGCGGCAGCGGCGAUCCACAAAGCGGCUGUGGCAACCCCGACACUAAGAGGGCGAAAACCUCAACUCGCCGCACAGCGUGCACACCGAACGCGCCCGUGUCGUGCACAACGCAAGAGGCACAAGAUCCUCAAGAUGGCCCCGUUGUCUCCUUCGCCUGGCGCCCGUUUGAUCUUGCCCGCUCGACGUGGCACACGGUCAUGAACUCCGUCUAUACGGUGCUAGGAGUCGAUACCAGGCCACUCACCAGCACACGUCAGCCGGGAUGUCGUCACCACAAACAUCACCACCGCCGUCGCCACCGCGGCACCAGCACAGCCGCUGUCCACACAGCCCACUGCUGUGAGGAUUGCUUCCGCGCCCUGCGAGAAAGCGUGCGGCUGAGCUCGGCCAGGACGCUUCCCAAGUCCACGCGAGAUUGGAAGGCCGUCCCAAAGGAUGCCAUGGCUGGUCCCUGGGAUCACCGCCACCCGGCCGUCACCUCCCCUCCGCGAGGCUUUGAGCAAGCUGCUGUACGCGUGAGCGGCGGUAUUCACGAUUGCACCGGUGCUGCCAUGUGCACCGCGUGCUUCAACGCCAUGAACAUGGCGGUGUUGCCCCACCUAGCGUGCUUACUGCAGCGCGCGCCGCAGCAUCAAUGGACAGUGAUGUGGGUGCGGGGAAGCAUUGAGAUGACGCGUACUUUUUCCAACCACCCAAUCAAGGCGCAUCUCGAAACCAUCGCUGACCUUGGUAAUGCCAAACCUCGCAUCGUAGCCGUUGCGCUGUUCCACAGAGCGGCCAUGCAGUUCCGCUGGCACGUCUUCAUGCUGCCCAUCCAAUCAUUUGUGAUGCGCACGACGCUCGCGCUGCACGUGGACGCCGCAGACGCCACCAAGGUGCUGCGCGCACACGCAAGGCCACUCGCGGUGAGAAGUGGUGGCGAUGGCGACAGCGACAGCGCCACCCACCUGGUCACUCGCAUCAAGAUGGGCGCCGAAGAGAUCAAGCUGCAGGAUCCAGUCGCCGUUCCACGCGAUCGCCUCGUCGAAGCCACACGCGCUGUUGCAGAGUACAUCAACGAUGCCUACCAGAUCGGCGUCAAGGAGCUCGACCGUGCGGUCCAGGGCAGCCUUGAUCUGUCCUGCCUACCCAAGAGGGACGUGCGUGUCGAUGAUGUUGACCUACAGUAGCCAAGCAAAGAGGCCAUUCGAUGAAGAAGCUGAGCUUCCCAUGCCUGAGCUCGCUCAUGCCACUCUAUUGUGCCCUGUCAUUCUCCAACGACGCACCCUUCCGUGUCGUUCCAAGGCAUGCGUGUCAUUGUCUUCCGCACAACGUUUAUUUUGUUUGUGUCUUAUUCAUUCG